GCGUACCAGAGGACGGUCCCCUCUGGAAUAUUUAAAAAAGUAAUAGAUUAGUGGCCAGUGAAGUGUUAGUGAUUUUAAAUAACGGUUUGUGUUUUUCAAAAUGGCGGGAUAAAUCAAUGGCGCUAAUGGAACUGUGGAAUUCUCUUGUCGGUGGUAACAAGGAGUCAGACUGGAGUGAGGUAGCGUCUCUAUACCUCGAUAACCGUAAAAAAUACUUCUCAGUGUCCGAAAUAGAUAAGGAAGAAGUUCCUAUAGUGUUUUCUGAGGGUCAUAAAAUCAGCUUCAACAAAACUGGACUGGGAUUGGACUAUACCCCACUUAACUCUAUCACAAUAUAUCACAUUGAUACUAGGAAAGCGGAAGUAAAAAUGCCCAGCGGUAACGUCGAUCAGCCUGUCAUUGAAGACAAUAGGGAUGGCACUGUGAGCAUCAAAUACGAGCCAAGGGAGGAGGGAGUACAUGAAUUGUAUGUUAAGUACAAUGGAGAACAUGUGCAAGGUUCACCAUACAAGUUUCACGUGGACUCCAUUCCCUCCGGAUACGUGACCGCAUAUGGACCAGGUUUGAUUAGUGGCGUCAGUGGAGAACCUAGCCUGUUCACCAUUAGCACUAAGGGAGCAGGAUCCGGAGGUUUGUCGCUGGCUGUAGAAGGUCCUAGCAAAGCUGAGAUAACAUGUCACGACAACAAAGACGGCACAGUGGCUGUAUCAUUCCUGCCCACUGCACCAGGCGAGUACAAGGUAUCCGUAAGAUUUGGAGACAAACACAUCAAGGGAUCGCCUUUCUUAGCCAAGGUGACAGGAGAAGGUAGAAAGAGGAACCAGAUCUCAGUUGGUAGCUGUAGUGAAGUAACUCUACCAGGAAAGAUUAGUGACAAUGACAUUCGCAGUCUUAACGCUUCAAUACAGGCACCAUCAGGCUUAGAAGAGCCAUGUUUCCUCAAACGGUUGCCUUCUGGUAAUAUCGGGAUUAGUUUUACUCCCCGCGAGGCAGGACAGCACGUCGUGUCGGUGAAGAAGAUGGGUGUUCACAUCCAAAAUUCUCCAUUUACAAUCACCGUCCAGGAACAGGAAGUUGGUGAUGCCAAGAAAGUUAAGGUAUCAGGCAGUGCCUUGAAAGAGGGCAAGACUCAAGGCGAAAAUACCUUUUCUGUGGAUACCAGGAACGCUGGUUAUGGUGGUCUUUCCUUAUCUAUUGAAGGACCGAGUAAAGCAGAAAUCCAGUGCGCAGACAGCAAAGACGGAGUACUAUCUAUCAGCUAUAAGCCAACUGAGCCAGGUUACUACAUCGUCAAUUUGAAGUUCGCUGAUCAUCAUGUAGAAGGAUCGCCAUUCACUGUCAAGGUGUCUGGUGAAGGCAGCAACAGACAGCGAGAGAAAAUUCAAAGACAGCGCGAUCCCGCGCCUCUCACUGAAGUGGGAACUAACUGCAAACUUACCUUCAAAAUGCCUGGCAUCACAUCCUUUGAUCUGGCUGCAACAGUAACCAGCCCUGGAGGUGUCUCUGAAGACGCGGAGAUCCAGGAGGUGGAAGACGGGUUAUACUCCGUUCAUUUCGUACCAAAGGAAUUAGGUGUCCACACUGUGUCUGUUAAAUAUAGGGAGAUCCAUAUUCCCGGAUCUCCGUUCCAAUUCACCGUGGGUCCACUUAGGGAUUCUGGUGCUCACUUGGUGAAAGCUGGAGGAGCUGGCCUUGAAAGAGGAGAGGCUGGAAGAUUCAAUGAGUUCAAUGUAUGGACCAGGGAAGCUGGGGCUGGACAACUUGCCAUCUCACUUGAGGGUCCUAGCAAGGCUGAAAUUGACUUCAAGGAUCGUAAGGACGGGUCCUGUGACGUAUCUUACAAAGUUGAUGAGCCUGGUGAAUACCGUGUCGGCUUAAAAUUCAACGAGCAACACAUCCCAGACUCACCCUUCAAGGUCUACAUCAGUCCAGCAGUGGGUGACGCCCACCUGUUGGAGGUGGCCCAAUUCCCUGAUUCAGCACAAGUGGACAAACCCACCCAGUUCUACAUCAGACUAAAUGGGGCCAAGGGACAGCUCAAUGGCACUGUGGUCUCCCCGUCAGGCAAGACAGAUGACUGCUUCAUCCAAAACAUUGAUGGGGACCAGUACUCCAUCAGGUUCAUGCCACGAGAGAAUGGAGUUCAUAACAUCAACGUGAAGUUUAACGGAGUUCACAUACCAGCCUCGCCAUUACGGAUAAAGGUCGGCAAAGACGACGCUGAUCCCGCUGCAGUCCAUGCUCACGGCGCUGGUUUGGGAUCAGUUAAAACUGGUGCCAAGACCGACCUGAUAAUCGACACAUGCAACGCUGGAGCUGGUAUCCUCGCUGUCACCAUGGACGGACCUUCACGUGUGGCCAUGGACUGUACGGAGGUGGAAGAGGGCUACAAGGUGAGGUAUACGCCAUUGGCUCCCGGAUUCUACUACAUGAGCAUAAAAUACAAUGGUCAUCACAUCGUGGGGUCACCAUUCAAGAUCGAAGCUUCAGGAGAAAACCUGGCAGAAAUCGGCGCUCAAGAGACAUCAUCAGUAACAGUAGAAACGGUUAACAAAGUAGCUAAGGCUGGACAGAAACAGGGUCCAGUUCUGCCACACUUCAAAUCUGACGCAACCAAAGUUACUAGCAAGGGUAUGGGGUUAAAGAAGGCGUACUUGAACAAGCACAACCAGUUCACCGUUCACGCUGGCGACGCGGGUAACAACAUUCUAUACGUCGGAAUCUACGGCCCCAAGGGUCCAUGCGAUGAAGUCCAAUUGAAGCAUAAGGGAAAGAACAACUAUGAGUGCUGGUACGUGGUCAGAGACAGAGGAGAAUACAUAGUAAUUGUCAAGUGGGGCGAUGACCAUAUUCCUGGUUCACCCUACAAGGUAGAGGUCUAAUACACAGAAUAUUCAAAAGGGCUACUUGAAAAUAUAGCUUUUUGUGUACUAAGGAUAAAAACAGUCUUUUUUAAGAUAGGUGGGCAUUAAGAUAAUAUGGCUACAGUUUUAGGUAGCUCUUAAAUUUGAUUGUUGUGUAUUUUGACCUGUAUUGACGUAUGUAGAUUUUUCCAAAUAAAUGUAUAUCAGCAAAAUUUAAAAUUAAAAAUACUUACCAAAAGUAAGAAAGGCCAACAUCACGCAGUGUUCCCAGGCGGUCACACAUCCAAGUACUGACCGCGCCCGACGUUGCUUAACUACGGUGAUCGGACACGAGAACCGAAUGGACGUUGGCCAUACUACGUUGAAUACACCGAUUUUGAAAAUAAUAUUUAUACUAUGAGAUUUAAAUUCUAAAGGUUCUAAUUUGAUAAAUUAUUUUCGGGAAAAAUCUGCGCACGUCACUAAUAUUAAUUAGAUUUUUUAAAUAAUUUUUGUUAUCCUAUGUUUUUUGCAUAAUUAUAUUCAAUGUUAGCUCUUUAUUUAUUAGUAUAUUCGAAAAGCUAUUAUUACCGCUAAUUAUUUACUUAUUUUUUGUAUUUAAUUGAUUAUAAUUAAGAUUUUAUUUUAUGCUAUUUUAGCCGAAUACGCGAGUCUUUAAAAUUUUAAUUUAUAUGAUUCUCGUUUAGUAUUAGGGCGACUAAAUGACAAUACAUAUAAAGUAUUAUAAAUAUUCCUUUUAUACGUAAGGUAAGAGAUACAAUAAUUUAUUAAAAACUCUAUUCCAAUUUCAAAACAGAUUUUCUAUCGAUUUUUCAUUAAAAAUCCUUUGAGAGAACUGGGAAUUCGUUUAUUGUUUUUGUUAGAGGUCGUUUCCCAUUUUAAUAUUACUAACAAACUAUUGUUAUACGACCUUAUAUCAUGACCUUAAAUUAUUGUGUCCUUUGUAAGUUAAUUGAUGCUUUCUUGAAUGGUGUGUGAGUUACCUACGUAGGUAGAACCCUUAUUGUAAAUACCUACUAUAAGUUCUAUUUAAUUUUGCGACUGUUAACUAAAUAAAUAGAUAAAGUUCAA